UUAGUCCUAGAUGAUUACCGGCGCCCCAGGGCCUCCAAGGUGUAUAUUCAGCAGGCGUAUUCGGCGGGUAUCCAUUUUCAGGAGUCCAAUUUGCAGACGGAUUUGGAAAGGUAAACAUGAAUGAAUCAAACAAUAUCAAAAAAGUAGAAAAUAAAGAGAUAUCAGAAAUUUACAAAAUAUUUGAAGAAAUAUAUUUGAAAGCACCUCCUAUUUUAAAGGAUCUAUCAAACAAUUCUGUUGAUAUUGAUUAUACAGAAUCUAUACAUGAGCCAAUUGAUUUUAAGAAAAUUGAUGCAAAAUUUAAAAAUGGAGAAUACUGCUCCAUUACUGAUGUAAUGAAAGAUAUAAGGGAAGUAUUCUUAAACUGUUAUUCAUUUUAUGGUACUAGAAGUGAUCAUACUAAAAAAUCAUUAGAACUUGAAGAACUAUUAGAAGAAAAAAUCAGCCACCUUGAUGAAAAUCAUAAAUUAAUGGCUGAUGUUAGUCUUACAUUCAAUUUAUUAAACAUGGAAGGAAAACCUAGUUCUAAAUUGAGGUAUCCAAAAGAUUGUUAUGAUUCAGUAUUAUUAAGAAGUGUUGCACAUUGUCGCCCUGAACGAUUAAAAAAAUAUCAUAAAAUAUUAUCUACUACUCUUACCACCGAUGAAGAUAAUGCACAUAUCUUAGAAAAAAUUUUAAGUUGGGAAAAUGAAGUUUAUUUUAAUGAUGUAUUUCAUCGAUAUAUCAGUUCAAUGUGGGAGCUACCAGAAAUCGGUAAUUUUGUGGCUAUCUUAUUUAAAAAACUUGAUCUUGAUAUUAUUAACCAAGGCGAAAUUGAAAGAAUGUUUUUAAUGCCUAAACAAUCUACGACUAUGGGUAAAAUCAUGACUACUCUUUUGAUGCCAGUAAAAAAAACAAAAUUUAUUGGUCAAGUCAUGCCAUAUAAGAUUUGGUCUGAAAAACUUUCAAGAAAAGUAUCAGACUGGUGUAAAGUAUACCAUUCAAAAAAACAAAAUAAAGUCAUUGUAAUGAAUUCACUGGGCAUCCAUCCAGAUUUUUGGGCUGUCGUGAGUGAAAAGAAUCCUUUAAUUGAAAAAGACUAUAGUGAACUCUCAUAUUUCGUGAAAGUUUGGCUUGUUAAAGCACUUUGUGAUUAUGUUACUAUUAAAUUUAAAACUAUAAAUGAUAUUAUAACCAAUUGUAAUGAAAAACAAUGUACAAUAUGGAAGAAUGAUUUGGAAACCGAGGAAUAUUUUUUUUUUGAUUCAAUGCCAGAUUUAAGGAUAUAUUAUUACAAAAUUCCAUAUGACGAACCAAGUCUUGAAUUUCUUGAAUCAAUAAAAACUGAUAAAGAAGAAGUAAAAGUUGAAAGUAAUCUAGUUAUGAAUGCUUUUCGUUCGAUACAAAACGAAAAACAUUUUAAGCUAAUUGCUGAUUCGGUAGAAGGUCUUCGAACUUUUCUUGAUGAAUUGGAUGUAGAAGGGACAUCAGUUCCCGAAAAUUUGAUAAGUGCUCUAGAAAAUUUUAUUGAGAAAAUUGAAUCAGAAGAAUAUAAUUUCAUUGUCUUAAACAAUGAUUCUAAAAUAAAAUUAUUUAAGGAUUGUGAAUCAUAUCCAGAUAGAAUUCAAACAGAUAAAGAUAAUGUAUCACUUUGGGAAGAGAAAGAUUCAAAGUCAAUAGCUCAAGCUCUAAAUGAAAAUAUUAUUGUUGAGAAACGUCGAAGAAAAUUAAUCGUACAGCAAGAUUUUAAUACAGUUGAAUCUGAUGAAUCUGUUAGUGAAAAUGAUAAAUUUAUAUCUGAUUAUACUGAUUCCGAAGAUGAAUGGGGUGCUAUGAAUCGGCCUAAAAAUAAAGUCAAACAAUCACUGCAGACCUCUUCUAAACUUCUUGAAUUAGAAAAGCAAUUAUUGGAAGAAGGGAAAAUAUCAAAAUACGAUACUAAUAAUCUGCUUGAUGCUAAUCAGAAUGAUGAUGAAUAUAUUGGGCAAAGUAAAACAUUGGUUUGUUCAAAAAAUAAAGAUGAUAUAUCACUUUUGGAAGGAAAAGAAUCAAAGCCAAUAGUUCAAGAUUUGGCUCAGAAUAAUGAAGUUAUUUUGCAGAAACGCAGAAGAAAAUUAGUUGUAAGGCAAGAUUUUGAAUCUGAUAAGUAUUAUGAAUCUGAAGAAUACUUUAGUGAACUUGAUACUAAAUCCAUAUCUGAUUUUACUGAUUCUGAAGACGAAUGGGGUGCUAUGAACCAGCCUAAAAAUAAAGUCAAACAACCACUGCGAACCUCAUCUAAACUUGUUGAGCUAGAAAAGCAACUGAGGGAAAAAGAUAAAAUUUCAAAACACAACACAAAAUUGUUUGGUACUAAUAAGAAAGAUAAAUCUAUCAAAUCAGUUGAAUUACUACAAACACAAAAUGAAGUAAAUUCUAGUAAUAAUAUUAAUACAUUUGUAAAUGGUCAUAACAAAAGAUUAGUUAAUAUUAAUAUUAUAGAUAAUGUUCCCAGUUGUGAAGAAGUUGUAUUAAUUGAUAGUGAUAAAGAAGAAAACGAUAAACCACCUGAUGGUUUAAAACGAGGAGAAAUUAUAAAUCUAGAUGAUGAUAUGCAAGACGAUUGUGAAAUUCUUAAUGAUAAUUUUGAAACAUCAAUCUCUACUUGUACUGAAAAUAAAAUUAGAAAAUUCAAUGAACAAGAUAGACAGAUAGAAUCUGCUGUUAUUACAUUAGAAGAUGAUGAUCAAAUUAUUAUCAGUGAUGAUGAAGAUGAUGUUCAAUUUGUUUCUAUGACUGUAAAACCUAAGAGUUCACCUUUAAAUGUGAACAAACCUCGUAGUUUAAAAACUAAUUUAGAUAAAUCAUUAAACCCUGAUUCUUCAAACAGGCAAAUAACACCUACCAACUAUAGUAAAUAUCAAGCCACAUCUUCUAUCAUACAUAAACUUUCACAAAAUGUUACUAUUAUGCCAGCAAAUGUUCAUGUACCAAAAGGUAUUGAGGUCACUAUGGUCAAGACACCGCAGAGAAGGAUAGACUCCCACUUUAAUUCAAUCAAAAGGAGGUCAAAUGGUCAUCUACCAAAUAACCCUUCAACAGUUAAUGUGAAAUGUGAAGUUAUUUCAAAGCAAAAUUUAAAUGGAGAAGUUAAGUUUUAUAUUAGACUACCCAAUGGAAAAGAACAUCCGGGCCCUAAUGAGCUUAUCAAUCAAUACCUAAAACAGCACAAUAAUCAAUUACCUGAUUAUUGGUUAGUACCUUUACCAGUAGAAGUUGCCAAACAAUACGGUAUUAACUAAAGGAAAUAAAAUAUCUUUAUCUAAUAUGAAAUCCUUAUUCUUAUGAUCUCUACACAUUUAUUUUAAGGUUUUUUAGGAGUAAAAUUAAAGAUGUUAAAAGUUUUUUUUUUUGAUUUUACAAAUCU